GCGACCCAGAUUCCCGCCCCGCCCCCGCCCCUCGCGCGCCUGCAGCCGGUGCGGCAGCCCAAGCAGCCUCUGUCCAGCCUCGGCGCCGGGGACGACCGCGGCGACUGCCGCCGGCGGAGCGCGCAGCCGGUGCGCCCUGGCGAGGCGGGGAUGGAGACCGCGGGGGCGCACGCCGGGAGCCGCUGAGCCUGCAGUGACCGCCUGGGGCCAGCUUAUACUUACUUUGAGAAAGGCAAAUUUGGAAGCAGUUACUUCAGGACAGUUUGUGUAGCAUCUGGACUGUCACCAUAGGCACCAUGAAGCACUUCCUGCGGAUUUCUUCAAGCAAGAAUUAACUUUCAUUAGCACAUUCAUUGCAGCUGUUCCAAAUAAGCCACUUUUCUCUAAUUGUUCCAAAAGAAGACGUCAAAGUAACACAUUUAAGAUGCUGGAGUAGUGUUGCACCACAGAAUGUUGAUCCAGGUGUGCCUGUAUUUUUACUGUAAGUUUUUGUGGCGCUGCCUGAAAUUUGUAAUGAGAAAGCUGACUGGAAGGUGCGAACUACAACGUAUCUGUUACAACACCAAACCUGGUGCUUCCAGAACCAUGAAAAUCGAAACAUCCCUGAGGGAGUCAAAAAGUAAGCUGUUGCAGACAUCAGUGAGUGUUCAUCCUGAUGCUAUCGAGAAAACUAUAGAAGACAUCAUGGAACUGAAAAAAAUUAACCCUGAUAUAAAUCCACAGCUCGGAAUCUCACUUCAGGCUUGCCUCCUACAAAUCGUUGGGUACAGAAACCUUAUCGCAGAUGUGGAAAAACUGCGCAGAGAGCCCUACGAUUCGGAGAAUCCCCAACAUGAAGAAAUGCUUUUGAAGUUAUGGAAAUUCUUGAAGCCCAAUACUCCGUUGGAAUCGCGCAUUUCUAAGCAGUGGUGUGAAAUUGGUUUCCAAGGUGAUGAUCCUAAAACAGAUUUUCGAGGAAUGGGACUUCUGGGCUUGUAUAAUUUACAGUACUUUGCAGAACGGGAUGCAACAGCAGCUCAGCAGGUCCUCUCUGACUCUCUCCAUCCAAAAAGCAGCAAAUUCAGCAAAGCAGAAUGGGAGAAGAAAAGAAUGGAUAAAGCAAUCGGGUACUCAUUUGCAAUUGUGGGCAUCAACAUAACAGAUCUGGCGUACAAUCUACUGGUCAGUGGCGCUCUGAAAACCCAUUUCUAUAACAUUGCCCCAGAAGCUCCGACAUUGUCUCACUUCCAGCAAACAUUCUGCUAUUUGAUGCAUGAGUUUCAUAAAUUUUGGAUUGAAGAGGACCCCAUGGACAUAAUGGAAUUCAAUCGUGUGCGGGAGAAAUUCCGCAAGAGGAUCAUAAAACAGCUGCAAAACCCAGACAUGGCGCUGUGCCCGCAUUUCGCUGCCUCGGAAGGUUUAAUCAACAUGUAGUUGCCCAUGCUGGUUUGAAUGGAUACCCUGGGAGAUUGCCUCAUUGUUGUGUUAGAUCUCUGCUUAGGUCACAGCCCACACACUGAAUGCACACAGUGAUUAUAUGCAUGCCUUUUGGUACAGUAUUUUCAACUCUUGGUCAUAAUUCCAAGAUCACCAGAUACCACUGUUUCUGGAGCAUCCACACUCCAGGGACUGCUCAUCAUGUGGCAUCAUGCAGUGUUACAUCUGGCCUUGACACCCAGGUAUGGAGAGAGUUUUCUAUUUUUUUAGAUUGUUUUCCUCUCCCUCAUAAUUCAGCAUACCAGAAUUGUUAUUUCUCUCGCUGUAUUUUGUAUGUGGUCAGGUUAGCUGAAUCUUGUCCUGUGAAAGCCUUUUAAUUUAUUGUUGUUUCAUGACUAUUGCUGCUAGCUUUUCCAGGCUCAUGUGUGUGAAUCUCAUUCUGAUGAAGUUUAAGUCUUUAAAAUAAUAUAGACAGACACAUGAUAAACCAAACUGUCAAUGCAAAUAUAGCCAUGCUUCUCAAAAAAGAAAAUAUAAUGAGGCUUACAAGAAGUACCUUUAGUUAGAAGCUGUUUUUUGUUUGAAGUAUUGCUGAAUUGUAUUGUAAUUUACCCCCAAUUGCAAUUGUGUCAGUCACCUGGAUAUCAACUGAUUUUUUUCCCAUCGUUUUACAGGCUUUAAUGCCUAUAUAUAUUUAUGAUGAUUAGAGCCUUCGCAAUGAAGUCAGUAUAUAUCAAAAGUUGCAAAAGGUGUUUCACUGCCUGCCUCUUCCUGAACUCGGGGUUAUUGCCACCCAGCACUGUUUGAACCCAAGUUUUUUGCUUGGGGAACUGAGUGCUAACCAGCUUGUGUUCCAUGUCAAGGGGCACUAUGAAAAAAAAAAUUUUUGCAAGAAUAUGUGUUGCAAGACAGGAACCUAAGCUGUGUCACUCUGUAUUAUUUCUUGAGAAUAAUGACCUUGUCUUGCAUCAGUGGAAAAAGUAAAUUGCUUGGAAGAAGAAAAGACAAAUCAUACUGAA